ACAGACGCCUUCACUACCUGCGCCUUCUCGCCACCCGUGGCCCGUGUCAUGGGUCGCUCGUACGGAGGCCGGGUACUGUCCGCGAUGACCCUGCUAGGCAUCCCAGCCGCCGUGCUGGUCGUGCUGGCUGCACAGCUGCUGUUCCAGCUCCAGGCGGGGCGUGUCGAGCUGCGAGGUGUGCGCACCGACUGGCUGAACGCGGAGCUGGACCCCGACGCGGGGCUACCGGAAGCUGCGGCUGGGGCAUUGCUGCCGCUGGCGACUGCUCUGGCAGCGCUGGCGCAAGUCCUCGGGCUUAGCUGCCUGCUACUCGCCGCGCUCUGCGGACACCUGGGCGCCGAGCUGGCACGCGGCCCGGGGCCAGGCAGGUCAGACUGGUUUCUUUAUGACUGCCGUCUCCUCAGGCACUCUGCACUUGGCCUGUUCUGCUGUGGGGUCUCCGUCUACUUAGCAGCACUGGCCAUUUAUACCCUUCUGCUCUUCGAGAUCGAGGCGGGAGCAGCGGCCGCAUCUAUCCUGGGUUCAGGCGCCCUGGUCCUGGUGGCAGUAAUGACUCACACCCUACUCCGGGCUCUUCGGGCCACUCGCCGAGGUCUCCACGAGCUGUCCCCACCAGUGUUUGAAGAUGAGCCAGCCCGGCCUUCAGAAGACUCCAAAACUGGCUGCAGGGCUCAGCCCCAGCAGGAUGAGGAGCCGGAGGCGUCAGUAGGGGCUGUGACUCACCAAGGUCCUCAUUCCUGAGCAUCAGGGCCUGGAAUGGCUCCCAGGUCCUGGGAGCCCACUCCCAUGUUCCUGGAAGAAGGUUCGAGUCUUAGACCUCCACUUCCCGACACUCCCUGGGGAGUUGUGGAUGUUUGAAAUUCGCAUGUGUGGAGCUCAGAGCAGCCCAAGGCCAGGAGCAUUCAGGGAUGGCUGGAGUCUCACCAUGAGCCCAAGACUGAGUGGGUCU